CCAUCAAACUGUCAGCGCUCAGGGAUCUGUGUUUGUCGAUCGUUCCAUUGAUUCGUAGUCGAAUAAAUGUGCUGUUAAUGCAAAGAUUUAAUAUUCAUCAAGAAUGUAUCGACUAUGGGCCGUACUUACGGCUUUCUUAAUAUGCACUCCUGUCGUAUUUGGUAAAACCGUCAUAGGAGUUUUCAAGAGUGAGGCAGCACGAGAACAGAUCGGCCAGUACAUCACUAAAUUCAUGUACCACGGGGGCGGGGGGCGGCUGCUGUGUCGGCUAGAGAACGCUCCACUGGCGCUGGAGAAGGAAGCUCAUCUGCUGCUGUUCCAGGACCUAGAGGACGGCUUCGACAACCUGAGCUGCCUGGAGCGUCUCUCCAGAGCCCAGCUCUCCAUUCCCCUGAGCCAGGAGGAACACAACCAGAGCAUUCCCCCCCAGGCCUCCCCCCAGGCCUGGCACGCCCUCUACAGCGACCGCUACACCUGCCGCCACCAGGACGCCAUCCCAGCACAGGAAGACCUGCACUUCCUCCUCAUGCUGUUGAACCCAGAUGGAGCGGGGAACCCUCUGGAACACUUCAGCUCAGAGGAGGCAGGCCUUCACAGUUUCUACUUCCUGUUGAUCCUCGCCUACUUCCUGGCGUCCUGUAUCUACGUGCAGCCGCUGUGGCAUGCGCUGCGUAAGGGCGGCCCCAUGCACACUGUCCUCAAGGUGCUCUCCGUAGCCCUCGCUCUCCAGGGGUUCUCCGCACUCUGCAACUACGUCCACCUGGCCAGGUACUGCAGAGACGGGCUGGGCAUGCCUCUGAUGGGAAGCCUGGCUGAGCUGUGUGAGGUGGUGUCCCAGGUGUCAAUGCUGUAUAUGCUGCUGAGUCUGUGUCUGGGCUGGACGCUCGGCCGCGGUAGGAAGACACAGAGCAGACCGCUUCAGUGGAGCUCCUCCCCCUUCUCCACCGCGCUGGCGCUCGGGGGCGUGGCCACGCAGGGGGCACUGCUGCUGUGGGAGCAGCUGGAGGAGACGGAGCACCACGGCUUCCACGGGCAGCGCAGCGUGGCCGGCCUGCUGCUCAUCGCUCUGCGGGUGGGCCUCGCCCUGCUGCUGGGGUCUGGGCUGUACCAGGCCACCUACUCCGAGAGAAGCACGCUCAAGAGGGACUUCUACGUCACCUUCGCUAAGGGCUGUCUCCUGUGGUUCCUGUGCCAGCCGGUGCUGGUGCUGCUGUCUGGGCUGGUCAACCUGCACCAGAGACAGAAGGUGGUGACCAUCGGGGUGAUCCUGUGCCAGUCUAUAUCGGUGGUGAUUCUCUACCAGCUAUUCUUGUCCCGUAGUCUGUACUGGGAGGUGUCCUCCCUCUCCUCUGUCAGCCUGCCCCUCACCAUGUCCCGAGGGGGCUGGGGGGGCCACUGACCCCGGGGGGCCACUGACCCCGGGGAGUUCGGGGGGCCAAUGAACCUGCCCUCAUUAUG